UAGGAUUUAAUGUGAUUAAAGCUGGUUGCUGUAUAAAAACUGCAUCUUUGGUCGCUACGGUCCCCUCGACCCUUGGCAGACCGACUUUUCCCAGACGUUCAGCUUCAGCCUGCAACUUGACCACGAAAAGCACCACCAACCAAGCACAGGAAGGAAUCCCACCCAGACCACGACAUGGCGACGGUUCGACUCUCGCCAGCAGCCAACCUGCUGCGUAAGUCGCGUCUGUUCGCGCUGCCGCCGGCGCUGCCGUCACCACAGGAGGCGGCCACAUCGCGGGCGGUCUUCCAGUCUGAGACGGCGACGCUGCCUCACCCGAUCCGACAGUCGAUUGUGACGCCGGCCUCGUCGCUGUCUCGCGGGGACUGGGGGCUGAAGCGACCGCUGCCGGCCAAGUCGACGACGGACCGGUCGUCACGGCCCGUGGUGCGGGUGAUCGAGCUGGACAACUUCGAGCACGUCACGGACUUUGAGUCCGCCGCCGACCACACCGUCACCCUGGAGAAGUUCCAGGAGCUGCACAUGCCGUUGUCGCUGCCGUCCAAGGUCAACUACGCGACGACCAUUGUGCCCCGCCACCAGAGCCCCUUUGAGACCGCCGUCGACAACACCGAGAGCAGCAGCGGGCUGGCCAGGCCGGGGGCCCGGCAGUUCCGCCACGCGGGCCCCUGGCUCGCCGGGCAGACGGAAGCCGAGUUCGAGACGUAUCUGCGCCAGGUGCGGGCGCGGAAGCCCGAGCUGAUGCAGAAGCUACGGGAGCGGUUCGUCGUGAUGCGGACCGCCGAGAGACGCAAGCGCGCCCAGGACAACGGGGAGGAUCUGGCGGCCCUGGGGCCCGUGGAGGUGAGCGAGGAGGAGUUCCAGGCCCGCCUGCGGCUGCUGCGCGCCGACCCCUUUGCCCUGGGGCCCGCCGUCUUCGAGCUGCUGGACCUGCCGUCGCCGCCCGCCAUCCCCAGCGAUCGGAUCGGCCACAAAUACUACCAGUCGCCGGGCACCAAGCUGUCGUCGGCCGAGUAUGCAGUCUCGGGCCCGCCCAAGACACAUCCCUCGGCGGGCCUGUCCUACACCCGCUCGCACGCCCUGCUGUACAACCACCCGCGCUUUGGCCCGCAGGCCUUCCAGAAACCGGUCGAGGCGCGCAUCCUGCGGCCCAAGGGCCGCUUCAAGGGCAGGACCUCCAAGGCAAUCGCCGGUGUGGGCGGUAUCGCCGUCGAGGACCUCAACGCCAUGACCUUUGUCGAGCAGGGCGCCCCCGCCGGCCUCGCCACCUUCGACGCCUCCACCCCGGGCGGCUCCAAGUACUGGGUAACCCCCAUCCGCGCCUCGGUCGACUCCGACGGCCGCAUCGGACUGGCCUCCUACCGCGCCAGUGCCACCGCCAAGGCCCCCUACCGCAUCGACGAGCAGAGGAAGGCCACCAACAUCAUCUCCGACGCCGCGCGCGGUGACCAGCGCUCCGUGCCCCGUCUGGACCUCGCCCGCUCCGCGCGGAAGCCACUGUACAAUUCUCCACACGCCCGCUCUCCCUUUCCCUUCUCUGCUGUACUAUAAGCUAGCUUCAUUGUUGUACCAUCAAGCAUUCAAAGACUUUUCUACUUAUCCUUAAUAAAAUAAAAAAAAUAGUCCUCCCUAAAUAGCCGAAUAUCUUGAAGUAUGCCCAAGGCGAGUCGGAUAG